AGGAGAAUCGGCGUGACGUGUCCUGUUUAUGGUCAUGGAAAAACUCCAAAAGAUGCUGCUUCUGUUCGAGCUACACAUCCUAUACCUGCAGCCUGUGGCAUAUACUAUUUCGAAGUUAAAAUUGUCAGUAAGGGAAGAGAUGGUUACAUGGGAAUUGGGCUUUCGGCACAGGGUGUGAACAUGAACAGACUACCAGGUUGGGAUAAACAUUCAUAUGGUUACCAUGGAGAUGAUGGACAUUCAUUCUGUUCCUCUGGAACUGGACAACCCUACGGCCCAACAUUUACUACGGGUGAUGUCAUUGGUUGUUGUGUCAACCUUAUCAAUAAUACCUGCUUCUACACAAAGAAUGGACACAGCUUGGGCAUCGCUUUCACAGAUUUACCGCCAAACUUGUACCCUACAGUAGGGCUUCAAACACCAGGAGAGGUGGUGGAUGCUAAUUUUGGACAACACCCAUUUGUAUUUGAUAUUGAAGACUAUAUGCGAGAAUGGAGAACCAAAAUUCAAGCACAGAUUGACAGAUUUCCGAUAGGAGAUCGGGAAGGAGAGUGGCAAACAAUGAUUCAGAAAAUGGUAUCAUCUUACUUAGUUCACCAUGGAUACUGUGCAACAGCAGAGGCAUUCGCCAGAUCCACAGACCAGACUGUGCUAGAAGAAUUAGCUUCCAUUAAAAAUAGACAAAGAAUUCAGAAAUUGGUUUUAGCAGGAAGAAUGGGAGAAGCCAUUGAAACAACACAACAGUUGUAUCCAAGUUUACUAGAAAGAAAUCCUAAUCUCUUAUUUGCAUUAAAGGUGCGCCAGUUUAUAGAGAUGGUGAACGGUACAGACAGUGAAGUGCGGUGUUUGGGAGGCCACAGUCCAAAAUCUCAAGAUAGUUACCCUGUUAGCCCGCGAUCAUUCAGUAGUCCUAGCAUGAGUCCCAGCCAUGGAAUGAAUAUUCACAAUUUGGCAACAGGCAAAGGGAGCAGCACACACUUUUCUGGGUUUGAAAGUAGCUGCAGUAAUGGAGUAAUAUCAAAUAAAGCGCAUCAAUCUUACUGUCACAGUAAACACGCGACCACCAGCUUGAAUGUACCAGAGCUCAACAACAUAAACGUAUCAAGAUCACAGCAGGUUAACAGCUAUUCCAGCAAUGAUGUAGACAUGGAAACAGAUCACUACUCCAAUGGGGUUGCUGAGACUUCAUCCAAUGGCUUCCUAAAUGGUAGUUCUAAACAUGAUCACGAAAUGGAAGAAUGUGACACAGAAAUGGAAGUAGAUUCAAGUCAGUUAAGACGUCAGCUGUGUGGCGGCAGCCAAGCGGCUAUUGAAAGAAUGAUCCAUUUUGGAAGAGAAUUGCAAGCAAUGAGUGAGCAGCUAAGAAGAGAAUGUGGCAAAAACACAGCGAAUAAGAAAAUGCUCAAGGAUGCAUUCAGUUUACUUGCAUAUUCAGAUCCCUGGAGCAGCCCUGUUGGAAAUCAGCUUGACCCGAUACAAAGAGAACCUGUGUGCUCUGUACUCAAUAGUGCAAUACUAGAGACUCACAAUCUGCCAAAGCAACCACCGCUUGCCCUAGCAAUGGGACAAGCGUCUCAGUGUCUAGGAUUGAUGGCUCGAUCGGGAAUUGGAUCCUGUGCGUUCGCCACGGUGGAAGACUACCUACACUAGCUAUGCAUUUGAAGAGCUGAAAGGUGGUGUGGCAUAUUCAACAUGGAAAGUAGACCAGCUCUGCUGACUGGAAUUUGGAAUUUUAAUUAUGUACUAAGGACAAGUCUGUCGCUUUAUGUUGCUUCCUAGUUUACAGCAUGAUGCAAAUGAUUUCUAACUUAGCGUUAGGAGAAAAUGUCCAUCUUUAAACCUCUUAGACAACUAAGAGUUGACAACAUCACUGAUAAUGUCAGACAUCCAAAUUGACAAGUACAGAUCCUUUAAACGAUUGUCCAAAACAAACCAAAAAUCCUGCUACCUUGUGGUGGGACGGAAGAAUGGAAAACGUGGAUGUAUUAGCAUGUGGGUGACGUAAACGUCAAGCAGGAUGACUUGCCAACCUCCGCCCCCAUUGUUACAUAGUUCAAUCAGUGUAAUUUACAAAAUGCAUAAAACACCUGAUGGUUUGGAUAUAUAGUGUUGAUGGGAAGAAAUGAUAUUUUUUAAUGUGUACUGUAAAACUUGAAUUACUCAGGAGCUGAGUGAAUAUGUUUGUUGCUACUUACAAUCCCAACCUGUUGAUCUUAGUAGUUUUUUGUUUUAACACGGUCUUUUCAACUUUGUUUCCUUGUUUAACUACAGACAGCUUCUGUUGUGUAGACUCACCAGUUUAACUGUUGUAUUAUAACAGUAUUACAUGUCAACACAGUGUGGUUAUGACCUAUUUAUAUAAAAACCAAAUAUUUAGUCAAUUUACAGUCUUAAUUUAAUCUUUGUACACCUUGCAUUUUUAAAAGUGCUUAAAUAGUACUAUAUUGCAAUAAAAUGUAGUGAUACCAUAAUUAACCAGCCAUUAAAAACUUACUUCUACAUA